AUGAAGAUUUUAUACAUUUUGCUUUUGUUGAUAAACUUGUCAAUCUGUGAUGAUCAGCCUUCUGUAAACAUUGUUUACAAAAACGUGACUCUUGACCUAACUUUAGGCUCAGAAAACACAGACGAAAAGGUUGUACCAAAGAAACCUGAUCAAGAGGAUGUUCCCACUGGCUUUAAUAAGUAUGUUAUUUACGGAACUCCCAGAGGCUACUACUUCAAUGUCAGUGAUGUGGUUUACAACGGAGAGACCUUGAAGUUGGGCGAAGAAAAAGUCACCCAAGACUACGUUUAUGACGUGUAUACAUACUGGAGCAAUGGUCGACUUCUCGUUUUCUGCUUCAGGUACGACUAUGGAAAUUACAGGUCCAAGUACAAGUACUACAAACUGGAUAACAACGAGUGGAAAUUGGUUGAGGGAGAUGACUACCAACCUGACGGUUACGGCAAACUCACUGGAAAUGGAUUGGCUGGAUUACUUAAAAAGACUGAAACGGACAAUGCUCCGGCUCCAGGGCCCACCGAAGAAACCAAAAAAGAUACUGAAACAAAUACCAGGACUGUUGUUAUCAUUGGCUCUGUGGUUGGAGGAGUAUUGGUGGUUUUAUUACUUGGUUUCCUGGCAUUUUACCUUCUCAAGAAAUAA